AUGAAUCAGUCAACACCAACUGCCCUUUAUAUUAACAUCUCCUCUCUUACUUCCUCUCUCAGUGUUAGGUCAGAACUCGCACGCGCACACCAGAAACCAAUAACCACCAUCGUCGGAUCAUUCACUCACCGUCAUCCUCCUCUCACUGAAAACUUCUCCUUCCCAACUCAACAAAUCAGAAAAUCGAGCAGGUUUCAAUUUGUGUGCAAUAUACUUGAUUGGAUAUCAGAAUGA